AACCAAAGUGACACAUUUGUGCAUAGGCAAAAAAAGGAAGUUUUCGCGAAUUCUUCGAAUUUUCCGUGAAAAUUGUGGAAAAAAGGCAAUCCGGUGUGGUGUAUUUAUCUAUGAUUGUGUGCACAGGUGUGUUGGCUGCAAGUACGUGAUAAGGGAAUAUGUUUAAGAGCAAAAACGAAGGAAAUAUCGUAUACAAAUGCACUGUUCGUCUCUUGGAUGUUUUGGAUUGCGAUGUUUUGGAGUGUGAAUUUCAGCCAAAUCACAAAGGGAAAUUCCUCCUGGAUUAUGUGUGUGAGCAGCUGGACAUCACAGAGAAGGAUUACUUUGGUCUACGCUAUGUGGAUUCCACGAAACAAAGGCAUUGGCUGGAUUUGGCAAAAAAUAUCAUAAAGCAGGUGAAAGAUGUGGAUCCCGUGCUGUUUUCCCUCCGUGUGAAAUUCUACCCGGCUGACCCGCUCAGACUCACUGGAAAUGGAAAACUUAUGCUGUAUCAACAACUCAAGAGGGAUCUCAUCCACGGCAGGCUCUACUGCUCCGCAGGAGAAGCUGCUGCAUUAGGAGCUCUUAUUGUUCAAGAGGAGCUUGGAGAUUAUGAUGCUGAAUGUCAUGUUGGGGAAUAUGUGUCGUCAAUUCGGUUUUCACUGAGGCAGACUGAUACACUGGAGCGGAAGGUGAUGGAGUUGCAUCAGAAGCGUGAGCCUGGGCAGGAGAUUCGUCUGGUUCAGGAUGAAUUUAUGCAGUUGGCAAGGGGAUUGGAGACGUACGGAGUGGAUCCGCAUCCGGUGAAGGAUCACCGAGGGACUCAGUUGUAUUUGGGUAUAAAUUUCAGUGGGAUCAGUACAUUUGCCGUUGGCAGGAGGGCACAGCAUUUUCGCUGGCCGGAAAUUCAUAAGCUCAACUACGAGGGCAAAAUGUUUAUUGCCCAUUUGAGCUAUAUUGACUCGAAUCGGGAACAGAAGAAGCACACGAUUGGCUUUAAGUGUCCCACGGGGGCUGCCUGUCGGUAUGUCUGGAGAUGUGCCAUUGAGCAGAUGCUCUUCUUCACGUUGCCCAACAGUCAACAUGCAUCGGUGGUGAGUGGGGGUGGAUUCUUUUCCUGGGGCACCAAAUUUCGCUAUUCCGGACGCACUGAGAGGGAAAUCUUGAGUGAAGCUCUGCGGCAGCAGCAACAAUUGGCAAAUAAUUCAAGUCCCAGCAAGAGGAAGGCCAAUAGUGUUCCGGCAACUCCUUCCAGUCCUCAAGGGGAUCUUGCGGAAAUCAGAUACAGCAGUUUGCCAAGAUCGACGAUGUCUGAACCCCUAGGAGGGUGUUCCGAUCAUUUGUCCUCAGCUUACUGCACGGAUACGACGCUUCCACUCCUUGAGACGGUCUCUGAGGAAUCACGCAAGCAUUCCAACAUGGAUGUGAACAGUGAUCUCCUUUCUGACUACUACUACCGCGAUUCCUUUGAUCACUCGUCGUCAGAGAGUGGUCUGACCCUGACUGAGUCCCGUCUGGGUAUCCAGCGUCAGUUCAGUACUUCCGAUCAGUCGGCACCUGUUGCAGCUGCCACUCUGCCCCAUGCCACGAAUCAUGCCGUGACAUCAGCUCAUCUCAUUCAGCAGCAAAAUGCCACGAAUACGGCCAAGAGCGCUAAGAAAUUCUCCCUGAUUCAGGCUUUUGUGCCGUCGUUCAUUUUCGUGGUGUUGGUCCUUGUGCUGUCCACCAUUUUCAUCAUCGAGUCGGACUCUGAGAUGUUUGUGCAGCUGAAGAAUUGGCCAGAAAUGGUUUGUUUGCGCUACGAAUAUUAUCAACCACUCAAGGAUUUUCUCAUCAAGAAAAUUGGAUCGGUUUUCUAAAGAAUCCUUAUGUUUGCUGCAUGUGUGAGGAUUCCUUUUGGUUUCUUUGGUAUGUUCCCCUAUCCCACUUAUUUGUUUUUUUUUUCAUUAUUGAAAGCCCUUUUCUUAGCCCUCCUAUUGAAUGUGGGACCAGAAAUUGAUGGAUGGCAAUCUCACGUGACAAAUCAUUCUCAAUUUUUUAAAAAUAAAUAUUUUUUCUCACAUAAAAAAUAUUUAAAAUUAAAAAAAGAAACAAAAGAUAAAGAAAAGUCAAUGAAAAGCAAUCAUAAUAUAGUUUUUAAGAAUUAAUUCAGUGAAUUGUCCUCGCUGGUCCGAAAGAAAGUUUUUCUUUGGGUUUUCUUUUUAUUGAGAGCAUGUUUUUUUCUUCUCUUUCUAAAUAAUUUUAUUGAGGAAUUAUUUUUUAAGUGAUGAAACGAAAUUAAAAAAAAAAUCACAUUUAGUACUUAAGCAUGAACAUUUUUAGAAUGAUGAAAAUUUUUGAAAAAAAUUCAAUGCCAAAAACAGCAGAUUUAUGCAAAAAAAUCAUUCCAUUAAUUAUAGUUAUUAAUAUGAAAAAAAAAGAAAAAAAAAUAUUUGAAAAAAAUGAAAGAGAAAUAGGAAGCGAUUUGAGAUAUUUUGCUAAAUGUAAUUUUUAAGAAUUAUUCAUAGAAGUUUUUGUGAACAAAAAAAAAAAAGAAUGAAGUAAGAGAAUUUACUUUCCCAUUUGAGCUUUAUCACCGCCAAAAAUGAGCACAAAACAGGUUUUUAUUUGGAUUUUUAAUAUUCCGUCUGACAUUUUUAUGAUUUUUACCUGAAGAAAAAUAGGAAAAAAUAGGCACAAGAAAUUAAUAAUAAUUAAAAUCUCACGUGAAUUAAGAAAAAAACAACAACAUUCAAAUGACUCAUAUCAGAAUUAUUCUUAGAACAGCAAUUCUUUCUCCAAAAAAGGUAAGUUUUAUUUCAGUUUGUCAUAAUGCAUUGAUUUCCUCAUUUGGCUGAGAGAGGUUAUUGAAUGAAGUGAGGUUAUGUUGGAUCUAACCUAUAAAAGGUCAAAGCAUAGCGGCCUUGCAGUGUUUUUCCACGCUUGGAAGUAGUGCGCUCUCGUGGUUCUCACUUGAACAUCAUUUUUUGUCAACAGUUCAUCGAGAAAACCCGCUAAAGUGCGGCAAAAAUAAAUCGAAAAAUCGAUGCAAUAUCGAUAAAAUUUUCGAUGAGUAUCGAAUGAAUUGAUGGGUACAGCCAGAGAGACAAUUAUUAUCGCUUUGGAGAUUAUUUUGCAGAGAAAUUGGUUAUUUUUUACUUUCCAAAACUUUUCGUUCCAAUAUUACUGAAAUUCUAACCUCAAAAAAAUUGUUUGCAGUUUGAUUAGAACUUUACAGAACAGCCCUAUUUUUCUCUCAAAGAAACAAAUACUUAUGAAAUUUCAUAACAAUUAAAGAAGGUGUCAAAAUAUUUGCGUUAUCAAAGCCAAAUUAUUCUGACUUUUUGAGGUUAGGUCCUUAUAUAACCUCACUUCGCUAAAUAACCUCAUUUAGCUAAAUAAGUUAAAAAGUAAUAUGAAAAAAAUUGUAAUUUUCGCACAAAAUAAAAGUCCUCACUAGAAAAUGCACAACGAACAUUGUAUCCUCCAUUCAUCUAAAAACAAAUAAAAAUAAA